CUGAUUUUUACAGGCUGAGAAGUGCAGCUUUGACCUAAGACCCUGUUUUUUCAUGACAGGAAGCUGCACAUUGAGGCGAUAGAUAGAAAAGCACACAAAAGAAAAAGAGACUGCCGGUUUUUCCACUCUGUCAGAUCUUAAAACUUCUGCUAAAAUUAAAAGAACCUGAAAGAUUUAACUUGACUCAGCCUGAAAAUGUUGUCUGGAAGCAGACAAUUGAUUUGGACCCUAUUGCUUCUAUUUGCAGAAGAUGUUUUCUCCAACAAGUGCUUCGUGGAUUACCCCCAGCAAACCAUCUGUGCUGUCAGAGGGUCACCUGUUGUCUUCUUUUGUAUCUUUAACGAUAUUGAAAAACAAGAAGUAAAAACAUUCACGUGGGGUUAUUUGAAAGCUUCUAAAGUUCGUUUAAUUUUAAGUUACCCUGGGAAUGUAUCUGGAAGAUUCGAGUACACUGGAGACAAUGAGCAUAACUGCUCUUUGAAAAUACACAAAGUGAACCAUUAUGAUGCUGGGAAAUACUUUUUCAGAUAUAAUAAAAAAAGAUGCCCCACUAAACAUUUGAUACUGAACGUUAUCGAUCUGAAUAUUUUGGUGCCAAAAGAGACGAUUAAAGAAGGAGAUUCAGUAAAUCUAACCUGCAGAAACCGCUGCGAUGGUGAAGAACGUUCUUAUGUGUACAGCUGGUUUAAAGAUGGAGAAGCCAUAAAUGAAGGACCAGUACUUCGUUUAACAAACGUAUCCUCUAAACAUUCGGGAAACUACACUUGCUCCCUAAAAAUGAAAAACAAAACAACUUCAGGAGUCGCUCAUGUCAAUGUUGAAUAUGGACCCAAGAACACAUCUGUGUUUGUCCGAUCAUCAUCUGAGAUGGGCGCAGACAGCAGCAAUGUCCUGGUCUGCUGUAGCGAUGCGCACCCGCCUGUGGAAAAUUACAGCUGGUUCAAAGUAGCAGACGGUUGGAUACAGAAAGUUGGACAUCAGGCUGAGUUGCUUCCUGUUCAUGGCGGUCAGUAUUUAUGCAGUGUCUCCAACAAACAUGGAAGUCAGAACUCCACAGUUUUCACUUUGAAAGAGAAUCCUUAUUGGACAUUCCUGAGAGUCAUGGUUUUCAUUAUCAGUGCCAGUGUUGUCCUGUUUCUAGUCAUGACAUCUGUUAUUGCUGUUUGGAGGCUCACCAAAAACAAAAUGAGAGCAGAGACAGAACAUCUGGAAGAAAUGCAGAGGACAGAUGGUGUGAAUCGACUUAGGUGUGAAGACAGUCACCAGUCACAAGCUUUCAGCAAUCUUAAGGUUGAAGAAGCUACAACAGAAAUAAUAUAUGCAACUAUUGAAUUUAAAAAGGGAAGAAAGACAACCAUAAAACAGCAGGAUUAUGAAAGUGAAACUGUUAUUUACAGCACAGUUCGCAGGAACUAGCUUUUGAGCCACUGAAACAAGACAUCCCCUUGAUGUGAUUGCUCACAGCACAGUCAGAGUAAGAGCAAAACCUUCUGCCUGUGGGAUCUUUCUGGUUGGUGGAUGUCCCUUUAGAUGAUGAAAAGAAGUACAGCCGCUCACAUUUAGUCUGACUGCCAGAAAGUAUCACUCUUGAUGAUAACUGAAAAAUAAAACUCCAAUCAGAUUUACUGAGAAAACGUUGAGACACAAAAACUACCAUUGUUUGUCGAUAUCUGCAUAUUUAUUGGUAUAUGACUACAGAAAAAGUUGUUUUCAAUGACUAACACUAAGUUACCUCUUUCCAUUUCUUUUAUGUGAGGAAUCUCUCAUAGUAUAAUUCUUGUGAGACACUAGAAUUUUCUUAGAAAUGUUCUCAAAAACAUGCAAAAAGCAUCUCUGAAAAGUCUCUUAAAAGUUUCGAGUGUUCCUGUCUAGGAAACCUGAAAAGACUGUUCAGUUUUUACUUCUACACCCAAGAAAUGUAUUGUUUCUUAUUACUGUUUAUCUUUACCUGUAAAUUCUAAAGAAAAAUCUGAAAGUCUGUUUGUGCAAAAGUGACUCAUUCACCACAAUAAAA